GGCCGCUGCGUGGCAGAGCAUCGCCGGCAAAACGUAUCCGGUUUCCGGGAGGGGGACCAUGACUUCAUCGAUGUCCUGCUGUCACUUGUAGGGGAGGACCCGGACGCCGAUAUGGUGGUGAAGACGACGGCACUGGCAAUGAUAAUUGGGGGAAACGACACCACAUCAGCCACCUUGAUCCAGACAUUACACCUGCUGUUACUCAAUCCCCAGGCACUGAAGAAGGCCCAAGAUGAGUUGGACAAAGCAGUCGGCAAAGGCAGGAUUGUGGAUGAAUCCGAUAUCAAAAAAUUGGUGUAUCUUCAAGCAGUGGUCAAGGAGAGUCUCAGACUUCGCCCACCGACACCAUUGCUGCCUCCAAGAGAAGCCAGGGAGGACUGCCAAAUUGGUGGCUUUGGCGUUCCGGCCGGCACCAUGCUAGUGGUCAAUGCAUGGAAGAUACAGCGUGACCCGAGGGUGUGGCCGGACCACGCCGAGUUUCAGCCGGAGAGGUUUUUGGAAAGUGACGUGGAUGUUGGGGGCCAGCAUUUCCAGUUGAUUCCGUUUGGGUCAGGCCGCAGGGUGUGCCCGGGAAUUUCAUUUUCAUUAAGAUCGGUAUACAUUGUGCUCGCCCGUCUUCUCCACAGCUUUGACAUGGAGCUGCAUCCAGAAACCGUGUUUGAAGAGUCCAAGCCUUUUGGGCAAACAACUAUGCUUCAUGUUCUCUUCUCUCCACGCCUCCCUCACUCCCUUUACUGA